CCAGAGGAAGGAGGGCAGCUCCGAUUCCCAGCAUGGCCCUGCCGGCUUGGGCCAUCUGCUGCCUCCUGGGGGGCCUCCUGCUGUGUGUAGGGAGUACCAGCCCUGGCGUGCCCCGCUUAAGGCUCUCCUACCGAGACCUCUUGUCUGCCAACCGCUCUGCCAUCUUCCUGGGUCCACGGGGAUCCCUGGACCUUCAAACCAUGUACCUGGAUGAGUACCGGGACCGCCUUUUUCUGGGGGGUCGAGAUGCCCUCUAUUCUCUUAGGCUGGACCAGGCAUGGCCAGACCCCCGAGAGGUCCUGUGGCCACCACUGCCAGGACAAAGAGAAGAAUGUGUUCGAAAGGGACGAGACCUAUUGACCGAGUGUGCCAACUUCGUGCGGGUGCUGCAGCCCUACAACCGAACUCACCUGCUGGUGUGUGGCACUGGUGCCUUCCAUCCAAUCUGUGCCCUCAUCACAGUCGGGCAUCGUGGGGAGCAUGUGCUCCACCUGGAGCCCCGCAGUGUGGAAAGUGGUCGUGGGAGGUGCCCACACGAGCCCAGCCGUUCCUUUGCCAGCACCUUUGUAGGAGGAGAACUGUACACAGGCCUUUCUGCUGACUUCCUGGGGCGCGAGGCCAUGAUCUUCCGAAGUGGGGGCCCCCGGCCAGCCCUGCGCUCUAACUCUGACCAGAGCCUCCUGCAUGACCCCCGAUUUGUGAUGGCAGCAAGGAUCUCUGACAACUCUGACCAAGAUGAUGACAAAGUAUACUUCUUUUUCUCCGAGACUGUCCCAUCGCCUGAUGGUGCUCCAGGGCACGUCACUGUCAGCCGUGUGGGCCGAGUCUGUGUGAAUGAUGCUGGUGGCCAGCGAGUGCUGGUGAAUAAAUGGAGCACCUUCCUCAAGGCCAGGCUGGUCUGCUCUGUCCCCGGCCCUGGUGGUGCUGAGACCCACUUUGACCAGUUGGAGGAUGUGUUUCUGCUGUGGCCCAAGGCAGGGAAGAACCUCGAGGUGUAUGCACUGUUCAGGACUGUAAGUGCUGUGUUCCAGGGGUUUGCUGUCUGUGUGUACCAUUUGGCAGACAUCUGGGAAGUCUUCAAUGGACCCUUUGCUCACCAAGAUGGUCCUCAGCACCAGUGGAGAGCGUACGGGGGCAAGGUGCCUUUCCCCCGACCUGGCGUGUGCCCCAGCAAGAUGACUGCGCGGCCUGGACGGCCCUCUGGCAGCACCAAGGACUAUCCGGAUGAGGUGCUACAGUUUGCCCGAGCCCACCCACUCAUGUUCCAGCCUGUGAGGCCUCGGCAUGGCCGCCCUGUCCUGGUCAAGACCCAUUUGACCCAGCAGCUGCGUCAGAUUGUAGUGGACCGUGUGGAGGCUGAGGAUGGGACUUAUGAUGUCAUUUUCCUGGGGACAGAUUCAGGGUCUGUGCUCAAAGUCCUGGCCCUCCAGGCAGGGGACUCUGCUGAGCCCGAGGAGGUGGUCCUGGAAGAGCUCCAGGUCUUCAAGGUGCCAACACCCAUCACCAAGAUGGAGAUCUCUGUCAAAAGGCAAAUGCUAUAUGUGGGCUCUCGGCUGGGUGUGGCCCGCCUUCGACUGCACCAGUGUGAGACUUACGGCAGUGCCUGUGCUGAGUGCUGUCUGGCCCGGGACCCAUAUUGUGCUUGGGAUGGUGCCUCUUGUACCCGCUACCGACCUGGUCUAGGCAAGCGUCGCUUCCGCCGGCAGGACAUCCGGCAUGGCAACCCUGCCCUCCAGUGUCUCGGUCAGAGCCAGGAUGAGACCUCAGGACUAGUGACCACCAGGAUCUAUGGCACAGAGCACAAUAGCACCUUCCUGGAGUGCCUGCCCAAGUCUCCCCAGGCUUCUGUGCGCUGGUUCUUGCAGCGGCCAGAGGAUGAGAGCCCUGACCAAGUGAAGACAGAUGAACGGAUCCUACAAACAGAGCAGGGACUGCUGUUCCGUAGGCUCAGCCGCUUUGAUGCAGGUACCUAUACCUGCACGACGCUAGAACAUGGCUUCUCUCAGACUGUGGUUCGUCUGGCUCUGGAGGUGAUUGUGGCUACACAACUGGACAGCUUGUUCCCUCAAGAGCCAAGGCCAGAGGUGCCCUCCGCCUGGGGAGGCCUUGUCUCUGCCCCACCUAAGGCUUGGUAUAAGGACAUCCUACAGAUCAUUGGCUUUGCCAACCUGCCCCGCGUGGACGAGUACUGUGAGCGUGUGUGGUGCAGGGGCAUUGGGGAGCGCUCAGGCUCCUUCCGGGUCCGGGGAAAGCAAGCCAAAGGCAAGAGCUGGGCAGGGCUGGAACUGGGUAAAAAGAUGAAGAGCCGGGUGCAGGCUGAGCGCAAUCGGACACCUCGGGAGGUGGAGGCCACAUAGGGAGGGCUGUGAAGGGGGUGGUCAGCCUGGACUGAGGGUGGGGGGAGCUCAGCAGCAGCCCCCAGCAUCUCCCACCCACUCAGAGCAGAGGGGAUCAGGAUGCUUGAUUGCCUCUGAGAGUAGUUUCUGCCACCCACAGGCAAGACUGGGGAAGGGGCCUUGUGCCACGACCCUCUGCCUGCCCUCUCUAUCUUCUCAGUCCCAGCCCAGAGCUGGCAUCCAUCAGCCAUUGGCAGCCCCACAGGCCCUGCUAUUUUUUUUUUCAGAGAUGGUCUGACUUCCGGAGCACAUUUCCGGUUGUGCCCAGAGGCAAGAGGAUUGGGUGGUUCUUUCCCAGGCUGCAGAACAAUGGCUAGUCUGAGUGACCCUUAGAGUGGGUGUGUGGGUGACUCUAACAGAGGUAUCUGAGUAGGGAGGGGGGGGUGCUCACUCAGCCAGAGGAGGGUGCAAGUUGCCUCUUAAGUUGUACCUGUGAAGAAGAGCCCCUCUUCAUAUCCUGAUAUCUAGUAGGUUCCCUGUCAUGGCCCAUUACUUCUUCUGCAUCUCAGAAUUACAGACUUGUGGAUUUCUGGGACCUGGCAGUAGUGUGGGCCUCAGGUCCCACUUAAUCUCACAGUCUGCUAGCCUUUCCUCAGGCCUUGAACUGUCUGGCCAGGCUUUCUGGGAUGCCUACCUCCAGAGAUCUGUGCUGAGAAGGAGAGAGGUAGGAUCUAGAGGAAUGUCAGUCUUCAUCUUUAUAAACUAGAGAUGGGGAGAUUAAAGCCAGAGACAUGGAAGGAACUAGCUGCCUUUCCCAGAGCAAUGCAGGCACAUCUGACCCUAGGAGGGUAGGAAUGUGGAAGCUCUGAAGGCUACAGCCAAGGAUUUUUCCCAGGGCUGCAAAAAAUUGAAAGCCUAUUUAGGUGGAAACAGGAGGAUCUAUAGACCCAGGAGCAGGUGUCCUCAAGAGCUUAGGAUGAAAUCAAUUGGUUCAGGAGCCUCUGGAAGGUCAGAUGUUUUCAAACUGGAAUCUACAUUUUCUGAUGAAUAGAGUUAGACAAGAAUGGUUCCUUUAUAAUAAGGCGUAUGUUUCUCCCUCUCCACUUCCUCCUCUUCCUUUCUCCCUCCCCCCACCUCUCUUUUUCCUGGGGAUGAACUCAGGGU